AACAGUCGAGCUUAUCCAACUGAACUCGAGCUGUUUUCAACUAAGCGCACAUCUAAAAUAAUCGAACAUAACUCAAAAUUCGGACUUGUGAAACCCCCAAAAUCAAAGAUGCCGGAGGAGACCACGGCGAUUGAUUACGUCAUGGAGGCGGCCUCCGGCCCCCACUUCUCCGGCCUACGUCUCGACGGCCUUCUCUCCUCCUCUCCGCGCGCUUCUGGCGCCGUAACUCCAACGGCGUUUCCUCCUCCCUUAGCCGACGCCGUCGCGCUCAAGCAGCCUUUCGUGAUCGGGGUUUCGGGAGGGACGGCGUCUGGGAAGACGACGGUUUGUGAUAUGAUCAUUCAACAGCUUCACGAUCAUCGUGUAGUGCUUGUCAAUCAGGAUUCUUUUUACCGUGGUCUGACUCCUGAAGAGUUGAAGCAUGUGCAUGAGUACAAUUUUGAUCAUCCAGAUGCCUUUGACACGGAGCAGCUCCUUGAGUGUGUCGAAGAGCUGAGGUGUGGAAAACCAGUUCAAGUUCCAAUUUAUGAUUUCAAAUCACAUCAGAGGAGUUCGGAAAGCUUCCGCCAGGUGAAUGCAUCUGAUGUUAUCAUACUGGAGGGCAUCCUUGUUUUCCAUGAUCAAAGAGUUCGGAACUUGAUGAACAUGAAGAUUUUUGUUGACACUGAUGCUGAUGUGAGGCUUGCUCGUAGAAUAAGGCGCGAUACUGUUGAGAGGGGUAGGGACAUAAACUCAUAUGCAAAAUUUGUGAAGCCUGCUUUUGAUGAUUUUGUUCUGCCUUCGAAAAAAUAUGCUGAUGUUAUUAUACCCCGUGGAGGUGACAAUCAUGUUGCUAUUGAUUUGAUUGUUCAACAUAUCCACACCAAGCUCGGGCAACAUAAUCUUUGUAAAAUAUAUCCAAAUGUGUAUGUUAUACAGUCGACCUUCCAGGCAAAGAAUGCUAUUUUAUCCUUACACGAUCCAGUGACUUCUAUUUUACAGAUAAGAGGCAUGCAUACCCUGAUUCGAGACCGAGACAUUUCAAAACAUGAUUUUGUAUUUUACUCAGAUCGGCUUAUUCGCCUGGUUGUGGAACAUGGUCUUGGCCAUUUACCCUUCACUGAGAAGCAAAUUGUCACUCCAACUGACUCAUUGUAUACUGGUGUUGACUUUUGCAAGAAAUUGUGUGGCGUUUCCAUUAUUCGAAGUGGUGAAAGCAUGGAAAAUGCACUACGUGCCUGUUGCAAGGGGAUCAAAAUAGGGAAAAUCUUGAUCCACCGUGAUGGCGACAAUGGGCAGCAGCUUAUAUAUGAAAAGCUUCCCAACGAUAUCUCUGAACGCCAUGUUCUCCUCCUUGACCCUGUUCUUGCAACAGGUAACUCAGCUAACCAGGCGAUUGAGUUACUUAUACGAAAAGGAGUACCCGAAUCUCACAUUAUAUUCCUAAACCUCAUUUCGGCACCCGAAGGAAUUCAUUGUGUUUGCAAACGCUUUCCAUCAUUGAAAAUUGUGACGUCCGAGAUUGAUGCGGCACUGAAUGAAGAAUUUCGUGUUAUACCGGGUAUGGGGGAAUUUGGUGAUCGUUAUUUUGGCACUGACGAUUGAUCUUUUUUCGGGUUCACGAUCAGGCAUUUGUUGCUAUUAGUUUAUCUGCUUUCAAAAUGUAUAAAGUCUGCUAUGGUACAAAGAUUGAGAACUUGUAAUUCAAUGUAAUCUUGUGUAGAACAAAAGCCUCAUCCAGGUUUUAUCAGUAUUCAGUACAUAUUUUCUAGUGUUAUUGGCUUGCUUUGUGAGCUUAAAGCUUAUGUUAUUUCUUUUCAUUUAUGCGGUUCAAUUUGUUGUUUAUUACCAAAGGCUAUAUUGGACCAAGUCAACUGUUCUACUUUUGAACAGAAAUACAUAUCUUACUUUUUUUUUAAACUA